CUGCGCCUCGAGGCCCAUUGUUUGGUUCGGGGACUUUUAGUCGACUGCGAGACGGUCCCCACCGCGACACACAAUACGACACCAUCUCCAGCUUCUCGAGCGCUCGAAUGCGGUCGCAGUGGCCGAGGCUACCCCACGCAUGUGCCUGAUCCAUUGCCUUUUUGGCACAUGCCGCCUGGCGAUUUCUUCUACGUAGCGCCGCACAUGGUCUCAGCGACGGAAUCGGUGCAAAUACUGCCCCUGCGCGUUCCACUGACUUUGUUACCUUCGGUCAGCCUCGGCUCAGCAAAAAAUUUUCGCGGGGGCCAACAUGGGCGCGUCGGAAGGGCCGUACUUCAGGCCAGCUUUUCUCGUGCGCAUCGCUGUGAAGUCCUGGCUAUGGUUCUUCCAGCGCACUAUCCCGUGGCAGCACACGCGACUGCUGAGCACAGGGCUUAUCUAGAGUAA